AUGGAUUCACAGAUUAGCUGUACUAGUGCUGCCAGUAGCGUUGAUGAUAAUUGUCCUCUGAACCUGGAUGAUGCAGACCUACGUACUGCUUUUGAAGACACGGAGUCAGAGUACUUCAUGGACUGGUUCGACCGUCUGGAAGAUAUUGAUGACAUGGAUGUAGAGACUGAUGAACCCACGGGAGAGGAAGAUGAGGCAGCAGAUGCUCUGGCACCACCAAAUACAUCGCAGUUUGCUGCUUUGUUAGAGAGGGAUACCGUAUUUAUACAGGAGGGAUGUUGUUGCAGCAAAAAAUGCCCUACAAAGUUUGACAGACAGGAGAUAAUUUCUAACCGUUUGACGUUUGAAGAGAUGAGCAAGGAAGAAAAACAACGAUACAUUCUGUUUUACAUUCAAAGCUGCACCAAGACUACAACAAAUAACAGCGAGACCGUCUCUUCAAAGGGUCAUGCAUCAAAGGAAAGGGAGCGAUCACGUACAUUGUUCUUCUUUCACGGAGUUGAGAUCUGCCAGAAGUUUUUCAUUUUCCUUUAUGCAAUAUCUAAAAACAUAUUGUGUGACCUGAUCAAGUACUAUAUCCAAUCGCCUGAACCAUAUCGUCUGGCAAAGAGUCAUGGUAACAAGAAGAGGCUUCCUGUAAAUACAAUAUCUCUGGACUGUAAGAAAGAUGCUCGUCAUUUCAUUGUGACAUAUUCCAACAAGCACUGCAUCCCUCUUCCAGGCCGCAUGCCAAGGGUCCAUUCUAACUUUGCAGAACAGCAGUUGCCGUCAGAUGUGACCAAGGUUGGCGUAUACCGGGAGUACACCAGAGCAUGUCAACAAGCAGAAAAGCGACCAGUGAGCCUGACCCUCUUCAAAGAACUAUGGCCUUCUAAUAUUCAUGUAAUGAAGCCAGAGUCUGACAUCUGUUCCACUUGUCAGAAAAACAAUCGACUCAUUUUCAGAAGUGCCAAUCAAUCAGAUGAUCUGAAAACUCAGAGAAUACAGAGCCAGCAAUCACAUCUCAGUGAUGCAGCACGAGAGCGUCAAGUAUACAAGGAUCAGUGUGAGACAGCAAAGGAAACUGUUGCCGAAAUGGUGAGACAGGGUGUAGAUCCAGGCACAACACCAACCAACACGAGACCUGUUAGAAUUCACUACAGUGUCGACUACAUCCAGAACAUUUUGCUGCCAACAUUCUCGCAGCAACCUGGCAAGCUUUACUUUAAGUCAGGACGCAAGGUGAACCUGUUCAUAGCUGCCAACGAGGGACGUCCACAUGGUACAUUGUACAUCAUUGACGAGGCAUGUACAACUCGAAAGGGAGCAGAUGAGGUUAUUUCCAUGCUCCAUGAUUACACUGCUCGUCACACCUAUGGAGAGACUGCCAUGCAGGUCCAUGCUGACAACUGUGGAGGCCAGAACAAGAAUAACCCUUUUCUACAAUACCUCUGCUGGAGAUGCAUGGUGGGCUUGAAUACCACUAUCACCUAUGCAUUCAUGAUGGUUGGACAUACCAGGUUUGCUCCGGAUUGGCUUGCUGGUCUCUUCAAGUCAACUUACAGGUAUAUAGUACUAACAUAA